UUUUAGCAAACGGCACUUGACCGUGGAGAUCUUCCACCGUCUUCGUUGUACCUUUGUUGAUCACAGACGAGGAACUCUUCCAUCAAAGAUGAUGCUCAUACAAGCAGCUUUCACGCUACUUCUCUUGCAACUGGCUCUAGCGAAGUCAGACAAGUCCCACAAGGGGACUGAGCAGCUAAUCAGAGUGUCGCAGAAAAAUCCUAAAGCUAAUCUUGGAGCUAAAAGGGAUCAGAUCAACAAACUUGAAGAUGAAAAAAACCACGAAACCCGAUUCGAGGGCAAGGCUCGCAAACUGCGAAUAAUUCAAGCAAUCGAGACUCAGAAAGUCUCCAACGCCGAAGACAGCAGCCGCGAGAGGACAGACAACGCUACUGAAAACGAGGCUGUUGUUGAUAGUAUUGACGCUAUGGCGGCUCAAAAUGAGGCCGCAGCUAUGAUAACCGCCCGCGUGUACGAAGAGAGGGACAAUGAAUAUUCCCAGAACGUCAUCAUGAAGAAGAGGGAGGUGGACAGAAAACAUCUGCACGCUGUACAGCAACAGACAACACCACCCGCUCCACAAGCACCAACUCAAGACGAAGAUGAGGGAGCAAAGGAAAUCGUUUGGGACUUCACAAGGAAAAAGCGAGCGGUCCACAACUAUGAUGUCAACUGGGUGGACAAAAUUCCCUAUGUUAUUCACUCAACAUACCAAGCAUACGGCCCUUACUACACGACGCUGUUAAAAAGAUCUCUACAGUACAUCAUGGACAAUGUAUGUCUGACAUUUGUUGAUGAAACCAGCAGAUGGAACUCUAGCGACCCCAACUGGUUCACCAAAAACGGUUACACCUAUGACACCUACAUUUCAGUCCAGGCCAGCACAGGGUGUUCAGCUUACAGUGGACCAGGAAGUGGUGUUGGAAAUUCACCCAGAAUUGUCUUUCCUUGCCAGGAUUUCGUGAUUAAUUUGCACGAGAUAAUGCACACGUUAGGCGUCGCCCACACACAUCAAGGCUUUCUCAGGGAAAAUUACAUCACAAUUAACGUAGAUGAUAUUCAAAGCAGUCUCAUCUACAGCUAUGACAACUUUCCCGAAUCAUCUAAAUUUGUCAACUUAUUCUUUGAUCCAUCCUCUGCCCUAAUGUAUGGCGCUAGGACUUGGUCAAGGAACGGUAAUGAAGCGUACACGCCAAUCAGGGACGAUCUUUUUAACACUAUCACCUCGGUGUCAGCGGACUCUGUCAACUUUCUUGAGCUUGUUCAAGUACUGAAAUGUACCGAAAGAUAUUGUGGGGGAAACACGGUCGACUGCGCACCCGGAUAUUACAGCUAUGUGAAAGGCGUCUGCCGAUGUGUGUGCCCGGAUGAAUUUGAUAUCACCACAAACUGCAAGACACUGAAAAAUGGACCUUCGCCACUCGUUCAAUGGCCUAAAACACCAAUGGUCGUCUUCGCUGGAGGACCCUCUCAUAGCUGCCCAACAGGAUUCGAUCCCACACCUGGCUGGUUCUCCUUCACUGGCUCCAGUGCCAUGAGCCAGUCCCCGGCCGCUCCUGUCCAGUACCCCGUGUCUGGAACCACAAACAGUUUUCCAGUCUGCACCAGAAACUUACCUGCAGGAACCACACCUGACUGGGAGUCCUGGCCAGCCGGCGGUCAAUACUGUUUCAUUAAACCUGCAGGUGUAAACUGUGGGGGAGCUUUCACCGAAGCGGGAGGUUAUGCCGUGUCCACUGCCAGUAUUUCCACCAACGGUUCAAUCGGUGACAUCACCAUCUCCUCCAAUAACGUGAGCAUCAAGGCCUGCUGCAGGUACCAAGAGUUUUCAAACAUCGCCAUCGACUUACCUGACGGCGAGCCGUUCAGACUGUUGACUAGAAACUCCUGUCCAUCGAUCAGAGGUCUUAAGGCGUACAACUCAAGGCUCAACAUGUGGACCACCAACAGUGGUGUGUUUGGACCCGCUGACUCCCCCUUCUGGUGGUUCUCUACCUCCCUCACCACCUACUCCUGCUACUACCAGCCCGGUGUCUAUGGAUGCAAUGAGCUGGUAACUCUAGACGCCAACAACCGUUCUGUGACCAUCAGGACUCCGUUUCUACCUACAGACUACAGGGAGCCAAACAGGCGAUGCCUCUACGUUUUCAGUUCCCCGCCCAACUCCCAGAUCCUGAUCACCUUCAACAGAUAUAGUUUAUCAACAACUCAAGAUGACUUUUUGGUAAAAAAAUAUCAUCCAUGGCAAGUGGCCUUCAAACUAGAUAACGCGAAUUAUCCAGCACAAAUUCUGAGUGAGUCGAACUACUUGUCUGCUGAGGCCUUUAUGGGAUACAGUGCUACCACCAACUACGGUGUCAAUUUUACAGCACAAGUUAUUUUACCUGAAGACUACUGCUAUGAUUCUGCAACAAAUGGCGCGGACUACCGAGGAAAAACUGCCAUUUCUGAAACAUACGAGCCCUGUAUAGAGUGGUCGCAGGCUGUCAACUGCUCAAACUUUCCCAAGGCUGACCAGAUGGCUAACAUUUUGUCCAGCAACCAAUGUCGUAAUCCAGACGGCCGUAGAGGACCUUGGUGCUACACUUACAUCAAUGGGACCAACUGCAACAUUCGUUACUGUGAUGCUUGCAAUUUCAGGAAACCAAUCGACGCCCUGACAAGAUGUGCAACCCUUAAAGCAUCGAAUCCUAAUUUCUGCUCUACUGGUGUUCAAAGGUUUGGAUGUUUUGUCGCCUGCAACUUUUCAGUAGAGUCAACAACUAGAGCGGUUUGUGAUCCACCUACCAUCCCCGCUGAUGGGCAGGUGGUCGGUACUCUAAAGUCUCAGUACCUGGAAGGUGAGAAGGUUCAGGUGAAGUGCUCUCUAUACACUGAUAACGGACUGCCAAAUGACAUGUACUGUACGGCAACCGGAUGGACAACUCUUAACCAGGCAUGCCAAGUGUGUCCUAACGACUGGAUUGUGUACGGGGAUCGGUGCUUCCGUUACUUCAGCGACUACAAGACUUAUAGCGCUGCCAAUGCUAACUGCACGUCGUACGGAAACGGCGGUACUUUGUUCCGUGUCAAAGACCAGAUUGAUCAGCAGAUGAUCCGAGAUUUUAAAAAGUUCACGGGAUCCAGCGUCGCCGAUGGUAACUGGAUCAGUGGCACUCUCCAGUCUGCUAACGGGCCAUGGUACUUUACCGAUUCCAACAUACAGAUGACCUACUUCAACUGGUCAGCAGGAGAAACAACCAACAGCAUGUCCUACGACUGUAUCAAGAUGGCCGCUGAGUACUCGUCUGCCAACAACCAAGGAGGAUGGAAGACAUACGACUGUCAGGGGACACAUACGUCACCCUAUAUGUGUGAAAUAUCCACAUAUGGCACCUGUGCUGACAAAGUGGACACAUGUGAGAGUGUGAUGGCCGAAACCCCAACCUUCUGUCUCAACGCUAACACAGUGACUACGGCAAGAUCGUCGUGCGCCCUUUCCUGUGGAUUCUGUUCCAAUACUGUGACCUGCACCGCCCCCACCAGCACCACCUACACCAGGACGUCUGCUCUUGAUACCAUCAAACCAGGUCAGGUCAUGACCUUCACCUGCAAUGCUGGCCAGUACUACGUGUCAGGAGAUCUCAGCAGGGCGUGUUCUAUGUCUGGGAACUUGCUGGGAACUGAACCUGUCUGUCAAUCAACACCUGUUGCCACUGAUGUGAAUCUGAACUCCGUCAGGAGAAGAUUGAACACUCUGCCAGUUAAAACUGUCGUCAUCUUGGACAAAGACGGCUACAGAAUCCCAUUUAACGGCAACAUAACAACCUGGUACUACUUCUGCCAAAAAGCUGGAACUGUGUUCUUUACUGUGUACAGGAAAAGUGGAACCACAUACUCAUUAGUGGGCUACAACAGCGUAAGCUGCUCAGCUGACUUCAAGUGGGGUGCAGACAUAGCAGCUGCCAGCCAGAUCGCCGUCCUGAAGGACGACAUCAUCGGGGCGUUUACACUGACCGCCACCACGCUCAGCGUCAACACGUGCUCCGACACAGUGGAGAAGAUCAUGAACCUGCCCAUCGCCACCAACGUAGCUGGUGCUACCACCUUGAACACGGCCAACUUUGCCACAAAGUCCUGUUACAUCAUGUCUCUUGGAUGUAGGGUUACCCCGACGUAAUCUUUCAAGGCACCAACUUGUUUACUUAAAUCAGCAAGGAUGACGACCGCACAUGUUUACGAUUACUGAACAAACGAAAAUAAAAACAAAAGCUAAA